GCGUUUUUGAGACUGAUUUCCUGUGUUCUGUGUCGGUGUGUUGGUGUUAGUGUUUCUGUUGGUUUCUGUUAUGGCUUCUGUGGAUGUCGAGGAAUUUGUGGAACAAAACAGGGAUCUUGUUGAAUUCGUGGAUAAAUUCCGCUCUGUUUCGGAGAGCGAAAAGCACUGGAAGUCGCGAAGGGAGUUUAUCUUCAGGAAUCUCUCUGAUUAUGAGGAUCCACACUUAGACCAUCUUCUGGCUUUGUCUAUGGUUUGGGCGAACCAUGUUUUCCUGGGUUGUCGAUACAGCCCGGACCUCAUGGAGAAAGUAAAGGAGAUGGCAGAAGGAAUUGAGGUUGAAGAUGCACCGACCUUUAAAACACGCGAUGAGAUCAUGAAAGAGAAGCGGUAACAGCACAAGAACACAGCUCCAGCGGAAGACAAUUUGGACCAGACCUCUGUGCUGGGGGUUACCGGAUGCAAAAGACUCGUUAUGGACUAUUUUAAGGCCACUUACAGUGGGUAUUUUAAGCAAAAAAUUGAAGGAAUGAGGCAUUGGUCUCCAGAUGAAAAUAGUACAGAUUAAUUGUGUGAUAUGAAGACAUAGAAAACAUACCAGCAUCUUUUUCUUAUAAGAUGUUUGUCUUUUUCUUAUAAGAAUGUGAACAUCUAUCAGAAAAUGACCCUUAAGUUGUGGUAUGACAGGUUGAUUGAAGUGCUUCUUUUUUACUUUUUGUAGUUGGAAUCGCCAAUUACAUUUUAUCCCCAACUGAUUUGGAGUAGCCAACGUGGUUUUGUGCAUCUUUUUUACUUUUUUAAUGUAUAAAGUUGGAAUCACCAAUUAUAUUUUAUCCCCAACUGA